GCCAAAAAGAUUUUGAAAUCAUUUGCAUGUUUAAAGCUUGAGUGAAUACCAGUGCAUAAAGCUCAUAGGGUAAGCUGGGCCCCUGGAAAGUACUUCACUUUCAGAUUUCAGAACAGUUACUGCCAUCGAUAAAGUACAGAACUGUGGAAGAUAAUCUCCUCAACAGACAAAAGAUGAAAGUGUUCAUUAUUUUGGGAAUUUCAGCAGCUAUAGCCUUCACAGCUGUUUUCUUUUCUUUCCUUCAGAUAGGCAAAGAUAUCCUCUUUGAAACUGAAGAUAACUGCAUUACUGAGGCUAUCCAGAGGGGCUCUAAUCUGGUGGAUUAUGCUGGACAUUAUACACUGAAAAGAAAUAUCCAAGGAAAGGGAAUAGCAACUCCUACCUUGCUGCUGGCUUUCUCAAAAUUUCCUGAACAAGAGAGUCAAGAUAUUUCCCAAGCAGCUGAACGAAUGGAAAUGUCAAUUCAAGUGCUGAAACAAAAAGUUUGCCAGAAGCACAAACGUUCAUUGCAUCCAACUGAUAUUUUAUCAGCUGAUCUGCUCGCUAUGAUUGCUAAUAUUUCUGGAUGUCUGCCUUAUAUGUUGCCACCAAAAUGUCCAAACAAUUGCUUAGCUAAUAAAUAUCGACUCAUCACUGGUGCCUGCAAUAACAGGGAACAUCCUAGAUGGGGAGCAUCCAACACGGCCUUGGCGAGGUGGCUUCCACCAGCCUAUGAGGACGGACUCAGCCAGCCUCGAGGAUGGGAUCCCAGCAUCCGAUAUAAUGGAGUCCAGCUACCCCUGGUUCGUGAAGUGACAAGAAAAAUUAUUCACGUGUCUAAUGAGGCUGUUACUGAAGACAACCUGUAUUCUGAUAUUAUUAUGGUAUGGGGACAGUACAUAGACCAUGACAUUGCAUUCACACCUCAGAGCACAAGUAGAACCACCUUCUUAAAUGGAAUGGAGUGCCAGAUGACAUGUGAAAAACAAAAUCCAUGUUUUCCAAUAAAGGUGACCACCAAUGACACAUUAUCCACAGGGAUGGAUUGCCUGCCCUUCUACCGCUCAUCUCCUGCGUGCAGCACUGGCGAUCAUGGUGUUCUCUUUGGAAAUCUAUCAAUGCUAAAUCGAAGACAACAGAUCAAUGGCUUAACUUCUUUCCUUGAUGCUUCUACUGUCUAUGGCAGUACCCCUGCCACUGAAAACAAACUGAGGAAUUUAACAAGCAAAGAAGGCCUUCUUAGAGUAAAUGUUAAAUACUAUGAUAACCAUCGUGAAUACCUGCCUUUUACAGACCGGAUCCCAUCACCUUGUGCACAAGACUCGAAUUCAAGUGAAGGUGAGAGGAUUGAAUGCUUUAUGGCCGGGGACAGCCGAUCCAGUGAGGUCACGUCUCUGGCAGCCAUGCACACGCUGUGGCUGAGAGAGCACAACCGCCUGGCCAGAGCCCUCAAAAACAUCAACGGCCACUGGAGCGCUGAGACAGUCUACCAAGAAGCACGAAAAAUUGUCGGUGCUCUGCAUCAGAUUAUUACUUUACGAGAUUACAUUCCCAAAAUCAUUGGUCCAGAUGCUUUUAAUCUGUAUAUUGGCCUUUAUACAGGUUAUGAUCCCACAAUGAAUCCUACAGUUUCUAACAUAUUUUCAACAGCUGCUUUUCGUUUCGGUCACGCAACAAUCCAACCAAUAGUAAGGCGACUGAAUGCACAGUAUUUAGAUGAUCCAGAACUCCCAAAUCUUCAUUUGCAUGAAGUUUUCUUUAGUCCUUGGAGGCUCAUUAAAGAAGGAGGCUUGGAUCCUUUACUAAGGGGUCUUCUAGCACAUUCAGCAAAACUGCAGGUGCAAGAUCAACUGCUGAAUGAGGAGUUAACAGAAAAACUGUUUGUGUUGUCCAAUAAUGGUUCACUUGAUUUAGCAUCAUUAAAUUUACAGCGUGGCCGUGAUCAUGGACUCCCAGGUUAUAAUGACUGGCGAGAAUUCUGUGGCUUACCAAAACUGGAAACUCACACUGACCUGAAUACAAUAAUAACCAAUCACAAAGUCACUGAAAAAAUCAUGGAAUUGUACCAUAAUCCUAGCAAUAUUGAUGUUUGGCUUGGUGGUCUGGUAGAAGACUUUCUUCCAGGUGCUAGAACUGGUCCCCUGUUUGCGUGUAUAAUUGGAAAGCAAAUGAAAGCACUAAGGGAUGGUGACCGAUUUUGGUGGGAAAAUGAUAAUGUUUUCACAGAAGCUCAAAAGCAUGAACUCAAAAAACACUCAUUGUCCCGCGUGAUUUGUGACAAUACAGGAAUCUCUGAAGUGCCAGCAGAUGCCUUUCAACUCGGAAAGUUUCCACAGGAUUUUAAGCACUGUGACAAUAUACCUGGGAUGAAUUUAGAAGCUUGGCAAGAAUUCUACCAGGAAGAGGAAAUAUGUGGAACACCAAACAGUGUGGAAAAUGGUGAUUUUGUAUACUGUUCAGAAUUUGGAAAAUCUACAGUGACUUAUUCAUGUCAAUAUGGAUUUCAAUUACAAGGAGAAGAGCAAUUAACCUGCACAAAUAAAGGAUGGAACUUUGAGUCUCCUGUUUGCAUAGACAUCAAUGAAUGUGAAAAUGAAAUUAAUCCACCAUGCUCUCCUUCUACUAAAUGCAUUAACACUAAAGGCAGCUACAAAUGUCUCCAUACUGAUCCUUACAAGCUGUCAGAAGAUGGAAGAACAUGCCUUGGUAAUGCUUGUGAACCAACUGUCCAUUAAAACUUUCUCUGUUCUGUUUUACAAUGCUGUAAAAAUCAUAAAAUUGAGAUUUAUUGAAGACCUGUUAACAUACGUAAAAAACCUCUACACGCAGUCAUGGGCAUAAA